CCACAAUGCCCUUGUGGUUCGCCUUCCAGCACCACCUCCCUCCCGGCAGCCCCGGGGAGAAGACUACAGUUCCCACAAUGCCCCGCUCGCUCUCCAUGGUGUUAUUGCCCCUUCCUUGGUUUGGGACGCGAUAGAGGAGAUCUCCAACGCUAGGCCCCGGGGCCCGCCGUGUCCUUUCCCCGGGACCGGGAGGCGGUGACGUGCCGCUGAGCCCCGGGAGGUAGAACUAGGGGCUUCCCCCAUCCCCGUCCCCCAUCCUGCUCCCGGACCCCUGUCGUCCUCCUGCUUCCCUCCCUUCCCUUCUCCACUCUAUCCUUCCUCUCGGCCCGACCCCCCCUCCCCCGGCGGGUUCCGGGGAGCGGAGCUGCCUGAGGCGGGGGCGGCAGCCGCUGCCCGGGUAGCUAAGGCAGGCGGGCGGCGGCGGCCGAAGGAGAGAAGAUGGCGUCGGAGCUGGAGCCGGAGGUGCAGGCCAUCGACCGGAGUUUGCUGGAAUGUUCCGCUGAAGAGACCGCGGGGAAAUGGCUACAAGCAACUGACCUGACUAGAGAAGUAUACCAGCAUCUAGCCCACUAUGUACCCAAAAUAUACUGUAGGGGUCCCAACCCUGCUCCACAGAGAGAAGAUAUGCUGGCACAACAUGUUUUGUUGGGACCCAUGGAAUGGUAUCUUUGUGGUGAAGAUCCUGCAUUUGGAUUUCCAAAACUUGAACAAGCAAACAAACCUUCCCAUCUUUGUGGCCGCGUUUUUAAAGUAGGAGAACCUACGUAUUCUUGCAGAGACUGUGCUGUUGAUCCAACUUGUGUUUUAUGCAUGGAGUGCUUUUUGGGAAGUAUUCACAGAGAGCAUCGAUAUAGGAUGACAACAUCUGGAGGUGGAGGCUUCUGUGACUGUGGUGAUACUGAAGCUUGGAAAGAGGGUCCUUAUUGCACAAAACAUGAUCUGAACACAUCUGAAACUGAAGAAGAAGAGGAUCCUCUUGUACAUUUAACAGAAGAUAUGAUCGCAAGAACCUACAACAUUUUUGCAAUCAUGUUUCGCUAUGCAGUAGAUAUAUUGACCUGGGAAAAAGAAAAUGAACUGCCCCCAGAUUUAGAGAUUGUAGGGAAGAGUGAUACUUAUUAUUGCAUGCUGUUUAAUGAUGAAGUUCACACAUAUGAACAAGUAAUUUAUACUCUUCAGAAAGCUGUUAACUGCACCCAGAAAGAAGCCAUUGGCUUUGCAACCACUGUGGAUCGAGAUGGACGUAGGUCAGUUCGAUAUGGAGAUUUUCAGUAUUGUGAACAAGCAAAAUCAGUGAUUGUGAGAAACACCAGUCGACAGACUAAACCUUUGAAAGUUCAAGUUAUGCAUUCAUCUAUUGUUGCACAUCAGAGUUUUGGUUUGAAGCUUUUGACUUGGCUUGGCAGUAUUAUUGGAUAUUCAGAUGGGCUUCGUCGAAUAUUAUGUCAAGUUGGUUUACAAGAAGGACCAGAUGGUGAAAACUCUUCUCUUGUGGAUAAAUUGAUGCUCUGUGAUUCAAAAUUGUGGAAAGGAGCUAGAAGUGUCUAUCAUCAGUUGUUCAUGAGCAGUCUACUUAUGGAUUUGAAAUAUAAGAAACUAUUUGCCAUCCGGUUUGCAAAAAAUUACCAGCAGUUGCAGAGAGAUUUUAUGGAGGAUGAUCACGAGCGAGCAGUGUCGGUGACUGCUCUAUCUGUCCAGUUCUUCACUGCACCUACUCUGGCUCGAAUGCUAAUCACAGAAGAAAACCUUAUGACUACCAUCAUCAAGACUUUUAUGGACCACUUAAAACAUCGAGAUAUCCAGGGCAGGUUUCAAUUUGAACGAUACACAGCCUUGCAAGCCUUCAAAUUCCGCAGGGUUCAGAGCCUUAUUUUAGACCUCAAAUAUGUGUUGAUUAGUAAACCCACUGACUGGUCAGAAGACCUGAGACACAAAUUCCUAGAGGGAUUUGAUGCUUUCUUAGAACUGCUGAAAUGUAUGCAGGGAAUGGAUCCAAUUACACGCCAAGUAGGACAGCAUAUCGAAAUGGAACCAGAGUGGGAAGCAGCUUUUACACUACAAAUGAAAUUAACACAUGUCAUCUCCAUGAUGCAGGACUGGUGUGCUUUGGAUGAAAAGGUGCUGAUCGAGGCAUACAGGAAAUGCCUGGCGGUACUGAUGCAGUGCCACAGUGGAUUCACCGACGGGGAGCAGCCCAUCACACUAAGCCUCUGUGGGCAUGCAGUCGAUACCAUCAGAUAUUGCGUCUCCCAAGAAAAAGUUAGCAUUCACCUGCCAGUCUCUCGCUUACUUGCAGGUUUACAUGUAUUGCUAAGUAAAAGUGAAGUAGCAUAUAAAUUUCCAGAGCUACUUCCUCUGAGUGAACUCAGUCCACCCAUGUUGAUAGAACACCCCCUUCGAUGCCUUGUGCUAUGUGCCCAAGUGCAUGCAGGAAUGUGGAGGAGAAAUGGAUUCUCUCUUGUUAAUCAGAUUUAUUACUACCAUAAUGUGAAAUGCAGACGUGAGAUGUUUGACAAGGAUAUAGUAAUGCUUCAGACAGGUGUAUCAAUGAUGGAUCCAAACCAUUUCCUGAUGAUAAUGCUUAGUCGUUUUGAACUUUAUCAGAUUUUCAGUACUCCUGACUAUGGGAAAAGAUUUAGCUCUGAAAAUACCAAUAAGGAUGUUGUUCAGCAAAAUAAUACUCUAAUAGAAGAAAUGCUGUACCUCAUUAUAAUGCUUGUUGGAGAAAGGUUUAGUCCUGGAGUUGGACAUGUAAAUGCUACAGAUGAAAUUAAACGUGAGAUUAUUCAUCAGCUGAGCAUUAGACCUAUGGCUCAUAGUGAAUUGGUAAAGGCUUUGCCAGAAGAUGAGAACAAGGAGACGGGAAUGGAGACUGUGAUUGAAGCAGUUGCCUGUUUCAAGAAACCUGGAUUAACAGGACGAGGACUAUAUGAACUAAAGCCAGAAUGCACUAAAGAUUUCAAUCUUUAUUUCUACCACUUUUCAAGGGCAGAGCAAUCAAAGGCUGAAGAAGCUCAAAGAAAAUUAAAAAGGCAAAAUAGGGAAGAUACGGCACUUCCACCUCCUGUUUUGCCUCCAUUCUGUCCUUUGUUUGCAAGUCUGGUUAAUAUUUUACAAUCGGAUGUUAUGUUGUGUAUCAUGGGGACAAUACUGCAGUGGGCUGUAGAGCAUAAUGGAUAUGCUUGGUCAGAGUCCAUGCUACAACGGGUCUUACAUUUGAUUGGAAUGGCCCUACAAGAGGAAAAACAGCAUUUAGAAAAUGUCAGUGAAGAACCUGUAGUGACAUUUACUUUCACCCAGAAGAUAUCAAGACCUGGUGAUACUUCCAGCAAUUCUCCUAGCAUACUAGCUAUGCUAGAAACAUUACAGAAUGCCCCCUACUUGGAAGUUCACAAAGACAUGAUAAGAUGGAUAUUGAAGACUUUUAAUGCCAUUAAGAAGAUAAGAGAGAGUUCUUCCACCAGUCCUGUGGCUGAAGCAGAAGGAACAAUAAUGGAAGAGAACUCAAAGGAUAAAGAUAAAGCUGAGAGGAAGAGAAAAGCUGAAAUAGCCAGGCUUCGGAGAGAGAAAAUCAUGGCUCAAAUGUCUGAAAUGCAAAGACACUUCAUAGAUGAAAACAAAGAACUCUUUCAGCAAACAUUAGAACUAGAUGCUUCCACAUCCACCAUUCUUGAUAACAGUCCUAUGAUUUCAGAUACCCCCCUCAUAGCCUUGGGCCCAGAACAAACUCAAGUCACCGAACAGAGGCAAAUUGUUACUUGUAUUUUGUGUCAAGAGGAACAGGAGGUUAAAGUUGACAACAAAGCUAUGGUACUAGCAGCAUUUGUUCAGCGGUCAACUGUAUUGUCAAAAAACAGAAAUAAAUUUAUUCAGGAUCCAGAAAAAUACGAUCCAUUAUUUAUGCAUCCCGACUUGUCCUGUGGAACACACACUGGUAGCUGCGGGCACAUAAUGCAUGCGCACUGUUGGCAAAGGUAUUUUGAUGCUGUACAAGCAAAGGAACAAAGAAGACAACAGAGAUUACGUGUGCACACAAGCUAUGAUGUAGAAAAUGGAGAAUUCCUUUGUCCCCUUUGUGAAUGUUUAAGCAAUACUGUUAUUCCUUUGCUUCUUCCUCCAAGAAAUAUAUUUAACAGGCUGGAUUUUUCUGACCAACCAAAUCUUGUUCAGUGGAUUAGGACAGUAACUCAGCAGAUAAAAGCACUGCAGGUUCUACGGAAAGAAGAAAGUACUUUCAAUCCUCCAUCUUCUGAAAAUUCAGAAAGUAUGAUUGAACUACAAUUCCCUGAAGGGUUUAGGCCUGAUUUUCGACCGAAGAAUCCAUAUUCUGAAAGUAUUAAAGAAAUGCUGACAACAUUUGGAACAGCCACUUACAAAGUGGGACUAAAGGUUCAUCCCAAUGAAGAGGAUCCCCGUGUCCCCAUAAUGUGUUGGGGUAGCUGUGCAUAUACUAUUCAAACCAUAGAAAGAAUAUUAAAUGAUGAAGAGAAACCAUUAUUUGGGCAUUUGCCUUGCCGACAGGACGACUGUCUGAAGUCAUUAACAAGAUUUGCAGCUGCACAUUGGACAGCAGCAUCAUUUCCAGUGGUGCAGGAACAUUUUUGUAUACUUUUUGCAUCACUAGUACCUAAUGAAAAAUAUGGAAAUCUUCCUUGCAUAUUAGAUAUUGACAUGUUUCAUUUAUUGGUGAGCUUGGUACUCUCAUUCCCUGCCUUGCAAUGUCAGGAUUUUUCAGGAUUUAGUCUCACCACUGGAGAUCUUCACAUUUUCCAUCUUGUCACUAUGGCACACAUUGUGCAAAUCUUACUUACCUCAUGUACAGAAGAGAAUGGCAUGGACCAAGAAAAUCCUACUGGUGAAGAAGAGUUAGCAGUGCUUGCUUUGUACAAAACACUUUGUCACUGUGCAGGAAGUGCCUUGAAAGAAAUUCCCUCAGGCUGGCAUCUGUGGAGGAGUGUCAAAGCUGGAAUUAUGCCUUUCCUGAGAUGCUCUGCCUUGUUCUUCCAUUACUUAAAUGGAGUCCCUGCUCCGUCUGAAAUCCAAGUAAUUGGAGCAAAUCAGUUUGAACAUUUAUGUAGCUAUCUUUCUCUGCCAAACAACCUCAUUUGCCUUUUUCAAGAAAACAGCAAGAUAAUGAACACAUUAAUCGAAAGUUGGUGCAAUAACAGUGAAGUCAAAAAAUAUCUGGAAGGUGGAAGACAAGCCAUAAGCUAUGCAAGAGAGUCUAACAAAUUAAUAGACCUUCCAGAUGAUUACAGCAGCCUCAUUAAUCAAGCAUCUAAUUUCUCGUGCCCCAAAUCCGGAGGGGAUAAGAGCCGAGCACCAACCCUGUGCCUUGUAUGUGGGACCAUGCUGUGUUCCCAGAGCUACUGCUGCCAGACUGAGUUGGAAGGGGAAGAUGUUGGAGCCUGCACUGCACAUACCUAUACCUGUGGGUCUGGAGUUGGCAUCUUUCUGAGAGUACGAGAAUGUCAGGUGUUAUUUUUAGCUGGAAAGACCAAAGGCUGCUUCUACGCUCCUCCAUACCUUGAUGACUACGGAGAGACAGACCAGGGCCUCAGGCGUGGAAAUCCCUUACACUUGUGCAAAGAGCGAUUUAAGAAGAUUCAGAAACUCUGGCAGCAGCACAGUAUCACAGAGGAAAUCGGGCACGCCCAAGAAGCAAACCAGACACUCGUUGGCAUUGAUUGGCAACAUUUAUGAUCACUUAGCUUUGGAGAACAUGAACUUUGAUUUUUGUAACCCAGUCGGCUUUUCAGACAAGAGGGAGUAGAAAAUAAGGUCUACUGAGUUUGGAAAAUAAAUUCUUUAUUUAAGCUUUUUUCCCCCCAGUUUUAUUUUCAAAGUUUUUGGUUCCAGGGACUGGGUAAACAUCAUCUUCCCUUGGCGGGCUUCCUUCUGUCAGCACUGUUUGCACUACCCUUCCUUUGGAUAAAACUACUUGGGGUUGUAGCCCCCAAUAAGGCGCUUCCUUUUGCUGUUCCAAGAGUGUGACUCUUCAUGGAAGCGUGGCUGAGAGUUUACUAAAAAAUGGAGAGAGGAGAUUAUCGCCAAGAUGGAUAUUUCCCCCAGUUUGUCUUUGGCCAUUCUCCAGUGAUCUGAGCCAUUUUGCAUUAUUUAUUAUCCUGCAUUUCAGGCCCGAAGCCAAUCGCAUUCAGGCAAGGAAAUGAAGCAAUUACGCCAUUGGGCGUGUGAGUGUGCGUGUGCGCGCGCGUGUGUAUGUGUGCAUGUGUGUGUUUGUGUGGGCGGACAGCCGGCUGACCUUUUUAUCUCUUAGAAUCCAAGUUUUCCCUGGAUAACCCCUUAUACUUGGAGCUUAGUUUGCCUUCCAAUUUUAUUUUUCCUUCUGCUGAAGGAACAAUAGCUUUAAAAGCAACAGUUAAGUCUAAUGUGUCUCUGCUGCAUUGCACUGUUCCCUAUGAUUGUGUGGAGGGCAUGGGGAGGGGGGGAGCGGUGCCAGGGGAGGAGUUUUCCUGGAAUGUGCUGAUUGGUUUUCAGUAUUUUUAAAAGGUUGACAUUGUAUUUUUAAGGCUCAUGUUUUUUGGUGGCUUUGAAAUUCCGUGCACAAAGAACUCACAUUAAAGGGCUUUUUGAAUAAUUGGGGGGGGGGGGGAAUGGGGAGGGAGGGUUGUGUAAGGAAUAUAUCACUAAUUUUUUUUAAUCUUUUAAUAUCCUAAUUUUUCAGACGCAAAUGCUGUUUGGCUUCAUUUCCAGGAAUAAAUUAUUGAAAAUGUUUGCUCCUGGAAUCAAAGCCUACAAGAGGAUAAAAACCCACUGUUUUAAGGGUGUCUUUCCUCAAAGGCAUUUCUCUGGACUGAUUUCUUUUCUAUUUAACCUGCAGCACUCACUAUGUUUCUCAGUCAGCCCAUGUCACAGUGGGUCCUCUUUAAUAUCAUUCUUGGGCCUCGUCCACCCUUGCCUAGGACGUGGUUUCCUGGAAAGAUGUUUGCUUCAGGUCUAUUUUAUAAAUAAAUGCUAGAAUAGCACAGACACUCAAACUUGGUAUAUGUGUGCCCAUAUACCAGGAGCCUUUGAGAUUUGCUCUUAUGUGCUUGGAGAUCAGCAUUGCCAGAUGGUGCAAGGUGCAAAUCUAGACCCUCCAUUCUUUCUAAGUCACCAUGUUGGUAAAGGACUAAUGAAUACAAUGAAUUUCCUUGUUUUUAACUAUGUGAGUGACCCUUUCAUCUAUUUUCCCUUGAACCCCUGAGAAAUUAAUCCUUUGAAUGUCUGCUAUGACUCCAAGUCACUUUCAGGGGUUUUAUAGAGUUAGUAUUUUAAAUCCUUUUUGCGUACCACACGGUGUGCACUGGGAGGAAAUCCAUGAGUAGGAUUACAAAUCCAGACUUGUAAUAAACAGUGAUGCAAAAGCGAUGUAAAGUAGCCAGCAUUAGCUCUGUUUCCUCUCAAAAUCGUGUCUGAAAGGGCUCAUUCCUUUCUAAAGACCACUACUGAACUGUCUUCCUACUUCUGACAGGCACACCUAGCCAAGAGCAGCAAGCAAGGCCAAACUGGAAUCCAGUAACUCACCACCUUUUUUGCUUUGCCUUCAAGUAAGACAAAAUCCUAAUGUUUAGGUUGUGCAUGGUGUAGACACUUUUUUAACAGUUGUUUCUGCCUCAGCUUCCUUUAGGCUCUUCUCUCUAGAUUCACUGAGCAUUUGUUUAAAAUCACAAGGCCAGUUUGAUGGGGUUUUUUUUUCCCCAGAAGUAUUAUAAGUGUAGGCACUUCCUAACACGAAUACACCAGCUCUUGUGCCUAAAUUCACAACAUCCUGGAUUAGCAAAGAAAAAUGGAUUCUCUCAGGUUCCAUUAUCUAAAAUAGUGAGGCUUAGAGGCUUUGAGAGAAUUAUGAAUCCGCAUAAAAUAGCAACAAAUAGUUUUGAACUUUUCGAGGGUUUAUUUGAGAGGGAAGGAGUUGGGUUUGCUCUUAGCCCAAAUCCUCUUCUCUCCAUAAUGAACUAUCUUUGUUUUGUUAUUUGUUCCGCAUGUAUUUAUGUUCAUUGUAGAAAUGUUUAUAUAAACAAGCUUUCAAUAUCAGGGGAAGUCAUAUCUGUUAAUAAAUUGGCUAGAACUUUAAAAUCUGUGGACAACUUGUAAAAUUUGGAAUGUAUCAUAUGUAAAAAGUUUAAAAGGUAUCCAAAUAAAUGCUUUAGGUGUUGAUGUUACAUCAUA